AUGCUCCAAGGGGCGCACGUAUUCUCUCACCAACAACAAUAUACACCGCAUGGCGAGCCAGGAUGGAUGCAUCACCAGCAACAGCAGAGCCACAAUCAGCAUGCCCAGCAGCAAGCUGCCGCCGCUGCCGCAUCCGCUGCUCAGCAACAGCACUACAAUCGAAUCGCCGCCAAUCAUAACGCCGUAGGACCUGCUAUUCAGAGCCAUGGACAGGAUACAAGCAUGAUGGAUAACGUUACUGAGGAGAACAGGAGGACAUUGAACUAUAUUGCGGAUCUGUUGAAUGAGGAUAGUAGGGAGGCGGCUCUGCUCGAGCUUAGCAAGAAGCGCGAACAAGUCCCAGAGCUGGCUUUGAUCUUGUGGCACUCGUUCGGUGUCAUGACCUCUCUCCUCCAGGAGAUCAUCUCGGUCUACACACUUCUCAACCCGUCGCAACUCACUGCAGCGGCCUCCAAUCGUGUCUGCAAUGCCCUGGCACUUUUGCAGUGUGUUGCUUCGCACAAUGAGACUCGUGCGCUUUUCCUCAACGCUCACAUCCCACUUUUCUUGUACCCGUUCCUUAAUACCACCUCGAAAUCGAGACCCUUCGAGUAUCUUCGACUCACGUCCCUCGGCGUCAUCGGUGCUCUUGUCAAGAACGAUUCUUCGGAUGUUAUCAACUUCCUUUUGACCACUGAGAUCAUUCCUUUGUGCCUCAGAAUCAUGGAAACAGGGUCGGAGCUCAGCAAGACUGUGGCCAUCUUCAUCGUCCAGAAGAUUCUCCUCGAUGACCAUGGGCUGAACUACAUCUGUGCCACGUACGAGCGAUUCUAUGCUGUGGGGACUGUUUUGAGCAAUAUGGUGUCGCAGUUGGUGGAGCAGCAGACCGCGAGACUUCUUAAGCAUGUCGUUCGCUGCUUUCUUCGUCUUAGUGACAAUGCGCGCGCUCGGGAGGCCCUACGACAAUGCCUGCCGGAACCACUUCGCGAUGCCACGUUUUCCUCGGUCCUCCGAGAUGAUGCGGCGACCAAACGCUGCCUCACACAGCUACUGAUCAAUCUAUCCGACAAUGUCGUCGAAAACAUCUCUGGCAAUCACUCCGGAAUCUGA